CAGGGCAGAGUGGCCUGCCCACUUGUCGUGUCAUCCCGGAAGACGAUGGAAAACACACCAGACCACUACAACAAGUCUGAUGCGCUGCGCAAAAGUGCGGAGGACUGCGCCAUUUGCUUGGACAAAGUUCAGGAGGAGAGGACGUUGAAGUGUCGUCACUCUUUCUGCUCUCAGUGUAUCGACUCGGUCUUCAGGGUCAGGCCUGCCUGUCCCAUAUGCAACACCUACCACGGUGUGUACACCGGGACCCAGCCGCCGGGCACGAUGACGGUGACGCGCAGCUGGCAGCGGCUGCCCGGCUACGAGCACUGCGGCUGCAUCGUCAUCCAGUACAGUUUCCCAGCAGGGACACAAGGGCCUGAGCACCCAAACCCCGGAGUGAGGUACAGCAGCACCUCGCGUACCGCCUACCUGCCUGCCUGCGAGGAGGGAGAGAAGGUCGCGAGGCUGCUGAGGAAAGCCUUCGACAGGAGGCUCGUCUUCACCAUUGGACAAUCUGUCACCACAGGCCACAACAACGUCGUCACCUGGAACGACAUUCACCACAAGACCAACAUGGGAGGUGGCCCACAAUGUUUUGGAUAUCCAGAUCCAGCAUAUUUGUUCAGGGUUCAAGAGGAGCUUCGUCUUAAAGGAGUGACAGAGGAUGACUAAUGGGUGAAGACAUUCCUCAAUAGAUUUAAUAUUGUGUAUUGUAACAAAGGUCCUUUUGUUCAACUUUUUUUGCACUUCUGACUGGGAUCUUUAUCAACGACACUUGACGAUGUUCUUUUUCCUGCAAGGUGUUUAAAUUGAAUUUGUUUAUACGUAACUUGGAGGUUGAUGGCUUUUACCAAAGAUCUUCAAUUGUUCAUUGUAGUUGACUAUGCAAAACUUUAAAAACAGUCUAUUCAGUGUUUAAUCCGACUAAACAAGAUCACAGUACAAAUGUCAUGGGCUGUGUUACUGAUCAUCAGAUUAUAGAAUAUACCAUUUCUUUCUUGUUUAACAUGGCAUCACGCAGGAUCACAGGAGAAGGUGUUAGUAAAUUAUUAGUUCAAUUUUUAUUUAAAUACAAAUAUGUAUUUUUUAUUCAGACGUUUGUUCUUGGAAAAGAUGUACCUCUUGAAUUGGAAUGAAUGAGCUUGGGGCUGCUACACAAACAGGCAGGAAUAGUGCUAUUCUUUGCAAUAAUAGCACACAGGAAACAGAUACAGUUCAAUGUUAUCAGACAAAAAGAGUGUCAAACACCCAAAGCGUCAGGAGUGAAUUCACCAGUCCCGUUGAGUCAACCAUGCUCUUGCUGUUUGUUAUCAUCUUGCAUUUCUUUUACCCCUCUGGUCCACUAGAGGGCGAUGCUCUCCUCAAAGAAGUGAUGGCGUCCUCUGCUUGGUAUGCAGCUGUAUGAUCAUCACAAACCCACAGUCCCACAGCGCCUCCCAAAUCUCAUCGCCCAAAGUCGGUGAGGGGAGCAGAGCAUGUGGUGUAGAUGAUGAGUCAUGUGUUUCUAUGGUGCUCAGGGCAGGUUUAGCGGCAGCAGCAGCCUUUACUUUAUGUACAAUGGAGAGAAGGGAUGUCACCCUGUGUUUGACCAGGGCUGUGCAGACACUGUUAAAGACGAGCCGCGCCAGUUACAUGGGUAGGCAGACACAAGCUCAAAUCAAGAGGUUAAUAAAGCCGAGCGAAUUCAUGCCAACUUAGCUCUUUUUAUUUGAGGUCAUUUACAUGUCUGUAGUGAUGUUGAAUGUGUAACAAGUGUCUAAGAGUAGACACCAUCACAAACCCUAGUAAACCUGAAGAGAUUGCAAAUAGAGUCUUAUCAUCCCAGCCAUGAUAAUAGCUGAAGUCUUGUGACCUGUUCAAAGCUGUGAAAUCUUGUAGAAAGCAUGUAGAAGUUGUUGAUUUUCAAAAGUGGUAAAAGUUUUAGAAGAUUUUGAACUCUCCGUACAUUUAUUUUAAUGGGAAACGUUGAUAUAUUUAAGAAAGGAUUAAAUAUAUUGAAAAACUAAAUAUAUCCGAUAAUUUUACGAUUGAACUUAACAUUUACUGUAGUAGUUUGAAUGUUGAAGCAUGUAUUGCAAGUAUUUACAAAUCUACAAAAUGGUGAAAUUUAGGAAUAUCCUAACCUGAGAAGAGCAUUUGGUGGGAUUGAGCUUGUGCAGGAAUAGUGCCAACUAAAUCUCUUUAGAUGAGGCAAAGCUUGACAUGCGCUCAUGGCUUUUUUUUUCUUCUCUGGGCUCUCCAGUUACAACUGAAAAAGAAUCAUAUUCAGCUGAUAUUUUUCACAGAGUUAUGGGAAAAAAAAUACCUUUAACCUAUAUUUCUAUCAGACACGCACAAGUGAGAAUGCGGAGUUAGCGAGCUCUGCCUCUUCAGUACUCUGGAGUUAAGCGGCUGGGGGCAUUUCUAUGGCCUGUGAUCUCAGGGCAUCUGCUGCUCUCACAAAGCAGCCCAGGACCCAUCUGGUCAAAUAGACCACCCCCACAUCACUGCUUCAACCUCCCCCAUUCCCUUCUUUUCUCCCAUAAUUCACAAGCCAUUCCUCAUCACUCAUCCAUUUUCCUCACUUCAACCUUUAGAAUUUAACAAUUAACUAUGUCCUUUAAGGGUUUUCAUCUACCACUUCUCCUUUCCAAUGUUGUGUGUGAAUGAGAAGAACACACAGCAUCACCUGCCCUAACUUCAUGAACAUAUCACUUAUCCCCCCAAUUUUAUUACAAUCAGACAUUUUGAAAUAAUUGGGAAGUUGUCUUUCUAAAGUGGGUUAGUUGAUUGGGAGACGGGCCCGAAAAAAGGAACAUACAUUAUAUACAGAGAAGUACUGUGUCUGCUAUUUGAAAAUUCCCUUUCAGUUCAGUGGAUGUAACCUACAUUUGAACAUGAACUAUUCCAUGUGAAAGGCUGAAGUGUGUUUCCAUAAGAAGACAUCCUCCUAACUGACAGUAUAUCUUCAGGCAUUAUUGUAUAAAGCUAUAAAUAUUUUUUGAUGAUUAUGUACAGUAAUGUUGUGGGUGGAAUAAAUAUACAUCAGUGUAAAUGGCCAUGCGAUGAGUCUCCUUUUAAAAUGGAAUGAUGACAGAGUAAAAAUAAACUCUCAGUGUAUGGAUUAAAAAUGGA